AUGACGGCACCAGUCGAUUACAGCACAUAUCUGGUCACUGACUCAACGCCAGGAAUCUUGGGGGACCGGGACCUCUGCCAAGUCGUCGAGGCUGCACUACAGGGUGGUGUUACCAUCGUCCAGUACAGAGACAAGCACUCAUCAAGAGACGUCGUCGUCGAGACUGCCAAGAAGCUCCAUGAUAUCUGCAAACGAUUCCAGGUCCCGUUUCUGAUCAACGACCAAGUUGACGUUGCUGCAGAGAUUGGCUGCGAUGGUGCACACAUAGGCCAGGAUGACUUGGGCAUCAAGCAAGCCAGAGAACUCCUCGGCCCCAACAAAAUCAUCGGCGUGACGGCCAGCUCCGUCGAGGAGGCCCUCCAAGCAGCCAAAGCCGGCGCGGACUACCUGGGAAUCGGGACCGUGUACUCUACCCAGACCAAGAAGGACACAAAGUCCAUCAUCGGACCCAGCGGCGUGCGGACGAUCCUCUCGCAGCUGGCUGCCAGCGGCCACGGCGCCAUCUCCACCGUCUGCAUCGGCGGCAUCAACAUCUCCAACACGCAGCAGGUCAUGACGCAGAGCAGCGCGCCGGCCAAGAGCCUGGACGGCGUCGCCGUGGUGAGCGCCAUCAUCGCCGCCGCCGACCCUGCCGCGGCCGCUGGAGAGCUGAGCUCGAAGGUCCUCACAGCCAAGGUCCCGGAUGUCAUCCAAGCAGUAGCCAGGAAGACGCCGUUGUCCCAUAACAUGACCAACCUUGUCGUCCAGAACUUCGCCGCCAAUGUCGGCCUCGCAGUCGGCGCAAGCCCCAUCAUGGCAAACUACGCCGAGGAGGCCGCCGACCUGGCCAAGCUGGGAGGCUCCCUCGUCAUCAACAUGGGCACCGUCACCCCGGACGGCCUCAAGAACUACGUCCAGGCACUCGAGGCCUACAACGCCGCAGGCGGGCCAGUCCUCCUCGACCCCGUCGGUGCCGGAGCCACCGCCGUCCGCCGCUCAGCAGUAAAGACCCUCCUCGCCGCCGGCUCCUUCGCCGUCAUCAAAGGCAACGAGGGCGAGAUCCAGACCCUCCACGGCAGCACCGUCACCCAGCGCGGCGUCGACUCCGACUCCACCCUCUCCCUCGCCCAGCGCGCCUCCGUCGUGCAGUCCGUCGCCCGCGCCCACGGCUCCGUCGUCCUCAUGACGGGCGUCACCGACAUCCUCAGCGACGGCCGCCGCACCUUCCGCGUCGACAACGGCCACGAGCUGCUCGCCCAGGUCACGGGGACGGGGUGCACCCUCGGCACCACCAUCAGCGCCAUGAUCGCCGCCUACCCGCACGACACCCUCGUGGCCGCCGUGGCCGGCACCGCCAUGUUCGGGGUCGCGGCCGAGCUGGCUGCGGGUAGGGCCGAGGUGCGAGGUCCGGGGACCUUUGUUCCCGCUUUCAUCGACGAGCUGUACGGCGUCAGGAAGGCGACGGCAGAGAAUGACUCUCGCUGGCUGUCGCUCGUCAAAAUUUCUCGCAUCUGA